CAGCAGGAGACUCCUAGGCGGAUCCGCAUUCAAGUCGCCAAACCCGCGUGACUGUCACAUUCGUUUUGGUGCCGCCCAGAGGAUCAGCUCCACCUCCGGGCAGCGCCGUAAAUUCUACUGUCAAUCAGCGGAUCCUGAGCGGACCCAUGUCGGAUCCGUGGACGUGCACGCGCCUUUACUGUAACAGUUGUAUCAAUUUGCGGGUCCCAAACGGACCUGCCGCGGAGGUAAGGUUUUAAUCGUGGAUGCGGCGCGGAGCCACGGGCGGGUCCGCGAUCCGCCUUCUUUGUAGAUCCAUCACUGCGCGCAAGUGGACGCCGAUACGGGUCCGUUCGCGGAUACAUUCCAGAAGCCGCGAUACCUCCGCGGCCGAUCUGCCACGGAAUACUUUUGCUGUGUGGGUAAUUUUACAGAGAGAAAAGUCAUGAAACACAUCUGUGGUUGAAUAUUAUGUCAGAAUUAAAUAAACGAGAAAGAAGGGAUUCUUUAAUGAAUUCAUCCCAUGAACAUACACAACACAGCGCAGAGUAGCAGUGGCGGUGCUAAAGACACGCGGAGAGAGAGAGAGGGCUACAUAAAUGUUACAUUAAUACUCUGAGUGUGACACAUAUCAACACCAGCAGUGAAGAGCAAUAAAUAAAACACAAAAACAAAAGGCCUUAAAGGUAUCUAUUAUCAAUAUAUGUGAUCUUGUGUUCUUUUUGAUCAAAUGUUUUCUAGCAUUAUACUUGAGGGACUGUCGAUGCUAUUACAUUUUGUUAAUAUUUAACCUGAAUAAAUCCUGAAAUGGACCUGUUUGAACUCCUCCACAUGAUCAUAAACUUUAUCCUCUUACAAUACCUACCAGGAAGAGACUGACUCAUUUCACCUUCCUGUCAAACUGACUUGCGUCUCGACAAAAGCAAUAAAGAAUCAGUGGAGAAUUUUUGAGACAUUUGUUUCUAAACAGACAGCAGAUCUUUGUGAAUCUCGUGGAUAUUUAUUUUUGAAAUCGUCGUUCAGGAAGUGAAAGUAAAGUUUAGAUUGCAGGAGCUCAAACUAUGAAAAUGGCUUCAGCAGCUGAAGAUGAUUAUAUUUGUCCUGUAUGUCAUGAAAUCUUCAAGGCUCCUGUUCUUCUAUCAUGUAGUCACAGUUUCUGUAAAGAGUGUCUUCAACAGUUCUGGAGAAUCAAGAAAACUCAGAAGUGUCCUGUCUGCAGGAAAAGAUCCUUAAAAAGCAAACCUCCAGUCAAUCUGGCAUUAAAAAACUUGUGUGAGUCGUUCCUGAAGGAGAGAAAUGAGAGGAAUUCAUCAGGAUCUGAGGAGAUCUGCAGUUUACACAGUGAGAAACUCAAACUCUUCUGUCUGGAGGACAAACAGCCUGUGUGUUUAGAAUGCUUUACUUCACAACAACACGUCAAUCACACAGUCAGACCCAUCAGUGAAGUUGUUCCAUCAUAUAAGGAGGAGCUCAAUACAACACUGAAGUCCUUACAAGAGAAACUUCAACACAAUGAAGAAAUGAAAGGAGAGUUUGAGAAAACAGUUCAACACAUCAAGUCUCAAGCUGAGCACACAGAGCGUCAGAUUAAACAGCAGUUUGAGAAGCUUCAUCAGUUUCUCAGAGAUGAAGAAGAAGCUACAAUCACUGCACUGAGGGAGGAAGAGGAGCAGAAGAAGCAGAUGAUGAAGGAGAAGCUGGAGGAGAUGAACAGACACAUCUCAGCUCUUUCACACACAAUCAAAGACAUGGAGGAGAUGAUGAAAGCCAAUGACGUCUGCUUUCUGAAGGAGUUUCCAGUCUCAAUGGAAAGAGUCCAGAGCUCACAGCCGGAUCCACAGAUGGCUUCUGGAGCUUUGAUUCAUGUGCCACGUUACUUGGGCAACCUGCCGUUCAGAGCCUGGAAGAAGAUGCAGGACAUCAUCCAAAACACUCCUGUCAUUCUGGAUCCAAACACUGCUGAUCCACGUCUCGUCCUGUCUGAUGAUCUGACCAGUGUGAGAUUCAGUGGGAAAAAUCAUCCUCUUCCUCAUAAUCCAGAGAGAUUUACCUGCCAUUACGGUGUUCUGGGUUCAGAGGGGUUUAACUCAGGAACACACUGCUGGGAUGUGGAGGUUAAACAGAAUACAGACUGGGAACUUGGAGUAACUACAGCAACAACCCAGAGGAAGGGAGAGGAUUUCUCUGACACUGUCUGGAGUGUGUCAAACAAUGCGUUUUCACCGUCUGGUUUAUUUGUUAAUCAGAAGCUUGAUCAUGUGAGAGUGAAUCUGGACUAUGAUGGAGGAACGGUGUCAUUCUCUGAUCCUGUAACUAACACACAUCUACACACAUUCACAACCACCUUCACUCACACACUCUUUCCAUACUUCUGGUGUCAUGAUGGAUCUCUGAGGAUCUUAGCGGUCAAUAGUCAGUAAUCGUUACUCCUGUAGAUCUGGAUCUUCCUUUUCCACAUGUUUCCAAUAUUUAAUCCAGAUCACAUGAGUAAGAGUGCUGUUGAUCUGAAUAUCAGUACGGUGGCUGUGAUUGGGCCGUGAUGAUCACAUGACUGAUAUCAGCACUACAGCAACACUCACACUCUCAUAUUGCUUUAAUACAACAGAUCAAUACAUAAGAAGUUUUCAUUUAUGUUCCACUUCACACAAUUAGACCAAUUAGAGACUAUUUUAUCAUUCAUGUUUUCAGACUAAUUGACAUUUACCUGAUGAUUACCGUCAAGUGUGUGUGUUUGUUCAUUUCUGAACUUUUCACAUCAUAAUUAUAUAUAAUAAUAUCAUAAUGUUUUUCUUGUAUUACAUCAAAUCACUGAAGCAGUAAAUUCAGCAUUUUCAUUAUGAGACUAAAUGAAUAAUAAUUUCAGUUCUAGAGGUGAAAUGAUCAUUUGUAAAUUGAAGUAAAUGGAUGUAAAAGGUUCUUGCUGAUCCACAACAAUGUUGAAUAAAUUAUAAAUACUUAAUAUAGAAAUACUGGAUUCAGCUGUUCAUAAAUCUGAUUCUCAGAACAAAUGACUCACUAAAAUCUCUGACAAAGAUUGACUAAUAUUGAUAAUCCCUUGAACUAUGUUUUUUCUUUAAAUAAAUAUUAUGUAAUUUCA